AUGGAAGGGGGAAACGCCAUCAGCAGCGCCAAGCCCCGCCGCCCUGUCGAGUCGCCUCGAAGAUUCUACUCAUUAGUGACAAUUUUCAUAUUUAGAGUGAAUAGUGACGACACUGUCAACGAGCCUGUGGGAAUAUUGCAUUAUAAGCUUUUUUGGCAUCUGUUGCUUUCUGUGCCUUUCUUUGGUGCAGCUCGAGUUCUUGCUUGGCAUUUUUAA